GUGCGUCUUCCCCCUUACACUUUCCGUCAACCAAACGAGUCCAAAAGAAAAAUAAAGUGGGGACCCAGGUGGAGGCGGAUGUCUUCCCCGAUUGCUUUGUUCUUUUUCCUCCGAUUCCACGCCUCGCGUCGCACGAAAUCCGACUGGACGGCGGGUCUUCGACGCAUUCUCAUCCGUUCCCUAACUCCUGCUGGAUCGGAAUCUAGAAGAAGUCGAAGCGUGUAUCGAGGUACUGUAGGUUAAAACGACUAUGGCUGCUUUACCAUUGGCUACUGCUGAAGUCUGUGAUGCAAAUCCACACCUAAUCCAGAAUGGUGAGCUUCGUGCACUUCAGCCAAUCUUCCAAAUCUAUGGGCGGCGGCAGGUUUUCUCUGGCCCUGUUGUCACUCUCAAGGUUUUUGAGGACAAUGUUCUUGUGCGAGAAUUCCUCGAGGAGAAAGGUAAUGGUAGAGUUUUGGUUGUCGACGGUGGUGGGAGCAUGCGCUGUGCUAUAUUGGGUGGUAACCCUGUUCAACAAGCUCAGAACAAUGGAUGGGCUGGUAUACUGGUCAAUGGCUGCAUAAGGGAUGUCGACGAGAUCAACGGUUGCGAUAUUGGUGUAAGAGCUUUGGCUUCACAUCCAAUGAAAGCCAACAAGAAGGGAAUUGGAGAAAAGCACGUCCCAGUAAAUAUUGCUGGAACAAGGAUUUGUGAUGGUGAGUGGCUUUACGCAGAUAGUGAUGGUAUUCUAGUUUCUAGGACAGAGUUAACUAUUUGAAGUCACACGUAUGACUAUGUACUCUGUCUUUGUAUCAGCACUGUUGCCUUCUACCAGUUCUGCACCAUCUGUGACCAGCUGCAUGUCUGAAGUUUAUUGCAUAUUUGUAUUCAAGUAAUGAAACCUUUUACGUUGAUAUAAUAGAUGAGUUUGUCGAUUACUCAAAUG